UCCUUUGCUUUUGACUCAUAUAAGGACUUGCUUGUCCUGGUAAAUCUGUUCAAAUUUAUCAUUCUUGCUCUCCGUUAUUCUCAAAACCUCAUCCCUAUUUCUUUCUUCUUCCUCAUUAUCACGUAUUGUUGAUGCCCGUAAGGAACCUGUAACUUCUUCAGUUAUUAUCCUUUUGUUUUCUUCUGGUUUGAUCUUUAUCUUCUAUUCAACAUUUUACUUCCAAUCCUCUAUAUAAAGCAACAGUGGAGGUCUCUGAAUUCCCAUAACUUGUUGGUGCUUGAAUUCUAAUAUCAAGUGAAAAUGAGGAGGAUUGAUAUGGUUCUGGUUGUGCUCUCGCUGGCUCUGGUUCUCGGAAUAGCAGAGAGUUUCGAUUUCCAUGAGACGGACUUGGCAUCCGAGGAGAGCCUGUGGGAUUUGUAUGAGAGGUGGAGAAGCCAUCACACGGUUUCUAGGAGUCUAGAUGAGAAGCACAAGCGCUUCAAUGUGUUCAAGCAAAAUGUAAUGCAUGUGCACAACACUAACAACAAGGACAAACCUUACAAAUUGAAACUGAACAAAUUUGCAGACAUGACUAAUCACGAAUUUAGGAAUGCUUAUGCUGGCUCAAAGAUUAAGCAUCAUAGGAUGUUCCAGGGGACACCUCGUGGGACUGGGAGCUUCAUGUAUGAGAAUGUAGACCGUGUCCCACCCUCUGUUGAUUGGAGGAAAAAGGGUGCCGUUACUGCCGUUAAGGACCAAGGCCAAUGUGGUAGCUGCUGGGCAUUUUCAACUGUUGUAGCAGUUGAGGGUAUUAAUCAAAUUAAGACGAAUAAAUUAGUAUCUCUGUCUGAGCAAGAGCUGGUAGACUGUGACACUGAAGAAAAUCAAGGAUGCAAUGGAGGGUUGAUGGACAUUGCAUUUGAUUUCAUCCAGAAGAAAGGUGGCAUCACUACAGAGACCAAUUACCCUUACGAAGCUGAAGAUGGAACUUGUGAUGUUUCUAAGGAGAAUUCUCCAGCAGUGUCUAUCGAUGGGCACGAGAAUGUGCCUGCUAACAAUGAGGAUGCUCUGCUUAAAGCAGUUGCACACCAGCCAGUAUCAGUGGCCAUUGACGCUGGAGGUAUGGAUUUCCAGUUCUACUCAGAGGGGGUAUUUACUGGACAAUGUGGCACUGAGCUGAACCAUGGGGUUGCAGCUGUGGGCUAUGGAACAACCCUUGAUGGAACCAAGUACUGGAUAGUGAAGAACUCCUGGGGACCUGAAUGGGGAGAGAAAGGUUUCAUAAGGAUCGAACGUGGCAUCAAAGAUAAGAAGGGACUCUGUGGUAUAGCAAUGGAGUCUUCAUAUCCCAUCAAGAACUCUUCCUCUAAUCCUACAGAACCUUCAUUCUAUCCUAAGGAUGAACUCUAAAACAAUUUCUGGCCAUUGAUUCCAGCUCUGUUCUCAGUCUGAGCUGUUAUUUCCCUCUGUUCAAAAGUUGCAUGCAGCACAAUCAUGAUUGAAUAAUAUUUGCUUCAAAUUUGGCGUCAA